AGUCACAUACACACACAACCAAAAGAAAAAAAAACUUAGAACUAUAUAUGUAGAGAAAGAGUUGUUCCAUCCCCACUUCAGAGAAAAACAAAACAAAAACAAACCAAACCAAAACAACCACUACCCUCCUCCGCCGCCGCCAUGGUUGUAGGGCAGUGCGAGAAUUCAUUUUCCAACCCUGCUUUCCCAUGUCCUCCAUUCUUUCCAGAAUCAGAACGAGAAUCAGAUUCAAUCCCUCAAUUGCCUCAUCAUACGAAUACUCCAAAAAAAUAUGAUCUAAACAAUAAGAUUAUGCUCAGUGCAAUCAUCUCUUUAUCGGUUGUGGUUGUGUUCGUCACUAUACUCCACUUAUACGCAAGAUACAUCCUCCGUCGCCAAGCACGCCGUAGAGCCGCCAUUCGCCAGCUAGCAAUGGUGAUUUCCGAGGUUCGUAGCGACCCUCCAAAGACCGGGCUUGAUCGGGCUGUCAUCGCCUCUCUACCCAUAUUUGUCUUCAAAAAAAGCGACGAUUAUUCCAUUGGUAAUGACGAGACCGGGCCACCGGAGUGCGCGGUUUGUUUGAGCAUCUUAGAGGAUGAUGAAAUGGCUAGGCUUUUGCCUAAUUGUAAGCAUACUUUCCAUGCAGAGUGCAUUGAUAAGUGGCUUAGUUCACAGUCAACAUGUCCUAUUUGUCGUACUCAGGUGGAGCCAAUGCUUCUUCCUGCAACCGGCUGUGAGCCGGUUAUUGCUGGUGCUUUGGCUCCACCUGUAGAACGUGUCAAUUCUACGUUGACGAGCGUGGAAGAGACAUCAAAUGGUGGGUUACAACAAUCUUCUGCUAAGGCUAGUGGAUCAAACUCGCGGUUGAGCUCUUUUCGAAGGAUGCUUAGUAGUGAUUGUUCUCUCAAUGGGUGUAGUGAGAGUGAAGAUGAGUUUUAUUACUACACCCUUAUUUUAGACGGCACACCGGCUAAGAUGAGUAAAUUGCCCCGAACAAAUGUGAGUUUUUCUUCUCCUUCUUCGAAAAAGUCAUCCAACCUGUUAGAGAAAGGCUGCCCAAUCUUCCAGAGUCCCAACACAAUUUAUUUGUUUGUCACAGCGAAACUUACAUCAUUGAAGCACAUCAUUCACUUCUAA